CUAUAAAGAGCAAACAUGUCUGGUUUGCACACUUUUGGCUACUUUAUCACUGUAAAGGCAGGCCUGUGGUUUAAAAACAUGGUCUCCCAAGGACUUCAGAUUAUGGGCAUGGUCACAGCUAUGCUGGGUUGGCUGGGGGUCAUUGUCGUGUGUGCUUUGCCCCAGUGGAGGGUGUCUGCAUUUAUUGGAGCCAACAUUGUUACAGCACAGAUCAUCUGGGAGGGCAUGUGGAUGAACUGUGUGGUGCAGAGCACUGGACAAAUGCAGUGUAAAGUCUAUGACUCCAUGCUAGCACUCAGUUCUGACCUUCAAGCCGGCCGGGCCAUGAUCAUCAUCUCCAUUUUGACCGGACUCUUUGGAAUCAUCAUUUCUAUGGCUGGUGGGAAGUGUACCAACUGUAUUGAGGACCCAGGGUCUAAAGCAAAGGCGUGCAUCAUUGCAGGGAUUUUCUUCAUUGUCUCUGGACUUCUUUGUCUCAUCCCAGUUUCAUGGUCAGCAAACACGAUCAUACAGAACUUCUAUAAUCCGUUGAUGGUGGAGGCCCAGCGGAGAGAGUUGGGUGCAGCUCUGUAUAUCGGCUGGGGAUCUGCUGGGUUGCUCUUACUAGGAGGAGGAAUACUUUGUUGGAGCUGCCCGCCAAAGCAAGAACGCAUCUACAACCCCAAGUUCUCCGCUGUGAGGUCCAGUUCAACAAGAGAAUUUGUCUGAGAUGCAGAACCCACAUGACUGGCCUUAAAAUGCACUCUAGUAACUGCAGAUCGAAUUACUGUGUGUCAACAAUUCAUCUGUAGAAUUACUUGAGACAUUUUUUAAUAGUGUAACAUUUUCUAUCUCCCUAGCAAUGAAUAUCUUCUGGAAAGAGAUAAUUCUUUAAAAUGAUGUUCUUUUAUAUGUUGGUAUUCCAGUAGCAGAAACAGUAGAGCAAAGUGCUAGAAACAUCAUGGCUUUGAUCAUCUGGGAAUGUUUGAACUGCUAAAAUGUAUACC